AUGUAUAUUGAGAACUUGGUGACUGCUGCAUUUGGAGCAAUACUUGCUGGACCUUUAGUUAUUAAGCUUUAUGCUCCAUUGAACGAUCUUCUUCUUUAUGGAAAGACCACUGGCAAUAAAAGGAAUAAGAGUAAUGGUGGCGAUGGCGGCGUGAUAACAGAAACAGUUGAACAAUUAGAAUCAAUCACCGUACCUAAAUCAUGGUUUAGUCAUUACUACGUGUUUUACCUUGUAACGACAUUAUUUUUAAAAUGGACAUUGGUUAAUAAUAAACCAGUGGUCGAUUUUGUUUAUCUGUUGAUGAAUCCACUGAGAAUUAUUCUGCCUCUUAAAUAUAAAAAUUACCUCCUUAUAAACCAUUUGAUUUUAUUACAAGCCAUAAGAAGAACCGGCGAAUCCUUCUUUGUUACUCGUUUUGGCAAAGGUUCCAGAAUAAACUUUCUUCAUUAUCUUGUGGGGAUUUCAUUCUAUGCCUUGGUUUCCUUCAACAACUUUCUCAGUCUUGUGCCUUAUUAUCAUGCUGGUUUAAACACAAAGAUCGAUAUCAGAAACCACUUACAUUACAAGGAUUACAUCUUGGUGGGGAUCUUUGUGGGCGUAUCCAUGUGGCAAUUUGUUAGUCAUCAACACUUGGCUACAUUACGGAAGUAUACUCUUCCCAACUUCAAAUACAUCUCCAGUCCUCAUUAUACUUCAGAGAUGGCUAUCUAUUUGUUGAUGUUCCUUAUUAGUGUUAAGAAUGUCGCUAAGGCAGAAAUCAAACGUGAUAAUAUCACCAUUAAUUAUUUGAUGGCCUUUGCAUUUGUAUUUACCAAUUUAUCCAUCUCUGCAUUGGAGACCCAUAAAUACUAUAGGCAAAGGUUUGGCUACCAAUAUUCACUUCAAUGGGCCGUUUUACCUGGAGUUUUAUAG